AUGCACAAAGAAGUCCUAGACAAGAGUGCGAUGCGUGCGGUGAAAGCGACCGAGAAAUACGAACAAUGCAAUGUCAGCGAGGGCGACUAUGUGCUCUGGUCCCGCGUCGACGAACGUUAUCACCCUAAGCUGCUCGAAGUGGGCGAAUUCUCCGUCGUGUUGGAGCACUUGGUGACUCAUGAACUGCGGGAAGCACACGCGUCAAGAGUCAAGCUCUACGCCGAAGACAGCUUUGAAGUGACCGAAGAAAUCCUCGAACACGUUUCCGAGAAAGGGAUCAUGCUGAAGGUCAAGUCCAUCGCGGGACACAAGUUUGUCCCGGAUGUGAAAGACUUCAUGCUGCAAGUGCUUUGGGAAGGUUUUGAAGAUAUCGAGUCCUCAUGGGAACCGCUGCAGAAGCUCAUGUAUGAAUGCCCGGCCGUGGUGAAGAACUACGUUGAAGGCGUGAAGACAGCGAGCGAAGGCGAUGCGUUGCGCAAGGCAAUGAAGCGAGCGAGGGCGAAGAAUUAG